AUGGCGUCCUCCUCAGCGCGCUAUACCCUUCUGGCCGACGACCAGCGCCCCUCCAUCGACUCAACCUACGACGAGGAUGAAAGACUCCUCCUCGGCGGCCUCGCAAGCACAUCUCCCACCCGGCCUCUCUUCACCAGCUUCCACCCAACGCUCUACACACGCGCCCUCGGACUAAUCCUCGCUCUCCCCGCCUUCAUAAUCUUCAUCAUCCGCGGGGGACAUUUCGCCCCCUCAAUCCUCUUCCUCUCCUUUGCCAUCGCGCGACAGGUCGUAGUUAUAGGCGUGCAUUUCGGAAGCCGGAUUGUAAGGAUCCGUGUGGAGGCUGUGCAUCAGAGGUUGAAAGGCGUGUCGGCGGCAACGCAGGAAAAAUGGAUUCAGAGAAUUUUUGGGCUGGUGGUUGAUGGGGUAAUUUUGGUGGGGAUGUUGGUUACAUUGAGUUUAAAUGCGCAUGAGGUUGCGACGUGUCACUAUAGUUGUUACUAUAGGAGGGGGAUGAGGGAGAUUGAGCAAGCUGUGAUAGUGGGGUUUAUUGCGUUUGGUUUGCUUCUCAUAUCCGCUUUUGAUUUUGGGAGCCCCAGCGAGGUAACUAUGGUGGUUGCCAUUGAGAAACCCCGCACGGGACUGCUGAAGUUCUCUUCCAGUCUGUUAUACGGCCGGUCAGAAGAUUCUGAUGUCGAUGGUGUGGGUGCUGAGGCUGGCGGGAACGUUCAACGCAAGAAUUCUUCCGGAGAGCAUAUGGUUUGA